CAGCAUGUUCUUCUUGCUCCUCUUCCUCUUUCUCUCUCUCCUUUCCUGUUCGGCUCUUCCCCCUCACCAAUCAAUCACAACCGCCCGGCAGUUUUCAGGGUUGGCAGGGCGCGGGCAGAAUCUACGUCUGAGGGCAGACAAGGAGUGCGGAUGCGGACCGUGGCGGCGGCGGCGGCGGCGGCGGCUGAGCCGUUGGCUGCGGCAGCGCGAUGGAGGGACUCGGUGGAUUUAACCCACUCAGAGCCAGCCUCUGGCCACCGGCGCCCGCCCGGCGGCCACUCGCCCUGCCUCCGAGGCCCCGUAUUCUUCCCAUCGAUCCCAGAUUGAGGCGGAGAUGCCGCGGAGAGAAUUCAGCCCCCAGGAGAAUGGGGAAGGUCGCUUUCAUACGCGAGCCAAGCCUUCCAGUUCAUAAGCUAAGGGAUGCUACGGGCAGGCAGACAGGCAGUGAGUAGGAGGAAUAAGAGGCACCAUGGCACUAGUAGGCUUUGUGGAUUGGAGGGGAAACGCCAUCAGGAAAGAGGUGCAUGGUGGAGUCAGAGCAGCAUGGUUCUUGUACGUUCUGACUGUGGUAACCAACGUGGUUAUUAUCCCAAACCUGCUGAAUCUGGUUACUUAUCUUCAUGGAACAAUGCAUAUGGGGGUCUCGGCCUCUGCAACUACAACCACUAAUUUUUUUGGUGCCACAUCCGGGUUUGCAAUGAUAGCAGCUUUCCUCUCCGACUCCUACAUUACUCGCUUUAGAACAAUGCUCCUCUUUGGUCCAUUUAUGUUUCUGGGUUACGGAUUGCUCGCACUGCAAGCCUACCUUCCUUCACUCCGUCCACCAGCUUGCAACAUUGAAGCAGAGCUAAACAGCUGUGAAGUGGUCCAUGGAUGGAAUGCUACCUUAUUGUACACAGCCUUGUAUAUGACUGCAUUUGGUGAUGGUUUUAUCCGUGUUUGCUUGCCAUCCCUCGGAGCAGACCAAUUUGACCAUGAAGAUCCCUCUGAGUCCCGCCAACAGUCCAGCUUCUUUAACUGGUAUACCUUUGGAAUCUCCUUUGGAGGUUUUGUAGGGCUGAUUCUCAUAGUGGGGAUCGAGAACUACAAAGGGUGGGAUAUCGGACUUGGGGUGUGUGCCAUCCUAAUUCUGCUAGGAUUGCUCAUAGUCGCUGCCGGUUUCCCCUUCUACUGCAACCAAGUACCACAAGGAAGUCCUCUAACUCGAAUACUGCAGGUUCUUGUGGUUGCAUUCAGGAACAGGAAACUUGAACUUCCUGAAAAACUUGAGGAAGCGAAGGAAAGCUGCACUGGGACAAGGGCAUGUUCUGUUGAUGCACUCGCUCAAACAAAUAGUCUGAAAUUCCUCGACAAAGCUUGCAUCAACAGUGGCCAAAGUGGAGCCUGGUCAGUUUGUAGUCUGAGAAAGGUGGAGGAGAUAAAGAUCAUCCUCCGUGUGCUUCCUCUCUUCGUCAGCUCCAUAAUCGGAUAUAUAUCGAACGUUAUCCUCUUCACAUUCACUGUGCAGCAAGGCACCAUGACGAACACAAGGCUGGGCAAGAUCCAUGUUUCCCCCGCGACACUCUUUAUCAUCCCCAUCAUAUUCCAGAUGCUAAUGCUUGCUGUCUAUGACCAGUUCCUUGUGCCAUUCUUGCGUAGACGUACAGGCUAUGUUGGUGGUGUCACUCAUUUGCAACGCAUUGGUAUAGGCUUCGUCACCAUGCUACUUGCGUCAAUCAUUGCAGCAAUUGUUGAGAAGAAGAGAAAGAAAGCUGUGGUGCAGAUGUCCCUCUUCUGGCUUGCACCUCAAUUCUUCCUUCUUGGUGUGGCAGAUGUGACAUCAUUCACCGGGCUCCUUGAGUUCUUCAACAGCGAGGCACCACGCGGCAUGAAGUCUAUUGCCACAGCGUUGUUCUGGUGUGCUCUGGGGCUCGCGUCCUUGCUGGCCACAACGCUGGUGGAAAUUGUGAACAAGGCCACAAGGCAUGGGCACCAGAGAGGCUGGCUCGAGGGUACAAGCUUGAACAACAGCCAUCUUGACCUGUUCUACUGGGCUGUGGCUGUUGUGGGAUUGCUUGGCUUAUGCAACUACCUGUACUGGGCCAAGAAGUAUGUGUACCAGCACAAUCCACGCAUCGUUGAGACAUCGGUUGAUCAGGAUUCACCUUGAAAUAUUACAUACCCGUUGUUUUUUACUUAAGUAAAAAUGUAACAUGUCUUCACCAUGACAUUGAUCAGUUAAGUUUGCAAAGCAAUGUAGAAGCCUGUAACCUGUGUUCUGCUCUGAUGUGCUGUGCUGAUUGGUUAGGUUCAUCCUUGAUACUCCAUUUGUGAAAUUGUCAAAAGAAAUGGCUUUCUCCAUAA